UGGGGGUGUGGGGCACAUCUUUUCGUGUCCCCCCACCUGUGUCCUGCUGGCCCCCAGCACAGCUGGAGGCCAUGCAUGCCCUUGGGAGGUGCAUUAAUGGGACACCAAGCCCCCCUGUGACAAUAGGGAACCUCCCACAGCCUGCUCCUCCCUCUUCACACCCACUUGGAAGUAAAAGGAGGGUCAGUUGGCCCAGACUCCCAGGCUCCGGAGAGGGGACAGAAGGGGCAGCAGAGAGGGGCAGAAGGAGAGAGUGUGGGCCAGGCAGAGUUUCUUGUCACUGGGUCUCCCAGCUAUGGGGACCUUUGACCUGUGGACAGAUUACCUAGGUUUGGCACGCCUGGUUAGGGCUCUGAGUGGUAAAGAGGGGCCUGAGACCAGGCUGAACCCCCAGCCAGAGCCAGAGGAGCCAGUGCCAGAGCCGGUGCCAACACCAGGACCCCAGGAGGAGAAGCACUGCCUGGAGCCCUCGCCAGCUCCCGAACGUCUGUGUUCUUUCUGCAAACACAACGGGGAGUCCCGGGCCAUCUACCUGUCUCACGUGCUGAAGGACGAGGCCGGCAGGGUGCUGUGUCCCAUCCUGCGGGACUACGUGUGCCCCCAGUGUGGCGCCACACGUGAGCAUGCCCACACCCGACGCUUCUGCCCACUCACUGGACAGGGCUACACCUCGGUCUACAGCCACACCACCCGAAACUCGGCGGGCAAGAAGCUGGUCCGGCCUGACAAGGCGAAGACACAGGACUCGGGCCACCGCCGAGGAGGAGGAGCAGGUUUCAGAGGUGCCGGGAAGUCUGAGCCUUCGCCCUCCUCCGGCUCUCCUUCCAUGUCCACCUAGGAGGCCGGUGCGGGGAGGCCGCCUACACCCGGGGAAGGGCACCUGGGCUCCGCUGAAUUUCAAGGAAGGUCACGUUAGGAGGAUCGUCCCUACUCCGACGCUUCCCCCAGCUUGAGCUCGAUCCCUGGGACGCAGGUGCUGUCUGGGGUUGUCAAAGGAACAGCUGAAAUCGCCCUGUCCCUGGGGGACCCCGCCCUUUCUGCCAUGGCGUGUUCGGCUCACAGCUGCCGUCUCCCGGACGCUGCGCACCCAGUCAGCACUCAAUAAAUGCUUAUGAAUGGAUCAGCGACGGACAAGGCCUGGUCUUGGGACAAGGUGUAGUGUGAACCUUGCUAGGAGUCCUGUACCCAGAUCUCCCCUUGUUCUUCUCUGAAUUCCGGGAUCCUGGGGUGCCGGGGUGGGCUGCUUUGUGCAGAGAAACCUUGGGGUAGCCUGGGGGGGGUACGGGCACCUCAAAGCCAGAUUGAGAUCAUGAGACCCUUUCUGUGGACAUUUGGUCUUUCCAAACUCUCCUCCAGCCACCCCCUGCACUGACAUGUAAGAUGGGUGGACUCCCCCCAUCUCACCCCAGCACAGUACUGGAGGUGGGGGCUUCAUUUGAGGAAGAAAUCGAGGGACGGCUAGACAGGCCCCCCAUCCUCCUUAUGAAGGAAGGUGAAUGUGUAUGUCAUGGAUGUACCAGUGACAAGCCAGGCAGUUUAGAGCAAGGGAGGGACACGGGGGCAGAGAAUGGGACCAUUCCUGGGGGUUGG